AUGGCUCUAGACAAAGUGAACUCUCUCUUGCAUGAUGAAAAGGUGGAUGUCCGCAUUGUCUCAGCUGUGCUCUGUGGUUCAGCCACUGCAAUUUUGGUGGUAAAAUGGGUGAAUCAGAGGCGGGUGCAGAAGAAACUUGAAGAGGCCAAGGGCAAGCGAGAGCUUGGCUUUCAACGUAUGGAGAAAGCAGCAAGACAGUUUAAACAACAGGUGAAUAUAUUUUAGAGGUUUCAUAUCACUUGGAUAAAGGGUUUUUUUUCUUUGUAUCAAAAUUUCAGUGGGUCUCUUCUGGUACUCUCUGCAGAGAUGCUGUUGAUUGCUGAGGUUUGCAAAAGUGCUAAUAGCAUGAAAGAUGGCAAUUAUUUCUAGGUAGUCUUACAGUGAUGACAAUAUACUUUCCCAAUAUGUGUAUGUUGAAUUUAACAUGAUUGCUCUUCCCCUGAAAGCUCUGCUUUCCUAUAAAUCUAGUAGGAUGGUGCAGUCCAUGCUUUCUCUGUUUCCUUCAGCUAAGAUUAUUAUGGGAGGCCCCCCCCCCAAUUUAUGCACCCUAUCUAACUUUAGGAACUUGUUGAAACUGAGGCAAACCUUGUGUCAUGGAAAAGAGGGUAUAAAGUUGCUUUCCCUUUUUCUUCUUGCUGCAUUUCAACUGGCAGCCUGAAUGCAGCUGUCCCUGGCCGUGUUAUUAGCAGACUGUUAACAAAUCACCUGUCAUGAAAGAAAAGAUACUUGAGCCUAAGGAUUGCUUGGCAAUUGCUGGUGCCUGUCAAGGCCAUUGCUGCACUUUCAUGCUAGGGGCUGGUAUGUCUCUGGAUAGGAGCAACUCCUUCCCACUUGUCUCUCAUUUUGCACAGGGGUGGGUGAAGAGAGUAACGUUCCCAGAGAGAACUUUGGCCAUAUCUAUACAGCACUUUAUUCCAUCUUCACAAUGGUUCCUUACCUGUUCAUUUUCACAUUGUAUGGGAUCUUUCAUGCAAUGUAAAAGCUAUGCGUGGAAAUCUAGUGGAAUCUACUGGAGGUCCUCUUGCAACCUCAUUAACUCAGAAAAUGGUGGGAGUUGCAUUGACAAAACUUGGGGCAGUAUACCAGCAUACAGUUAUUUCCCGUCACUUCUAAUUUAGUGUGCCAUGGUGGUAUAUUGAACAAAAAGCCACAGUUACAUAACACAACAAGGCAUCACAGUGUAAAAUGAAUGCUAUAAAUUGCAUUACAAUCAGUAAAUCUAACACAAUAAUCCUCAUAUCUGACUGCAGACUUACAAUGUCCAUUGUUAGCUUUAAGUCUUCCUACUUGCACUUUGUGGAAAUACAGCCCAGAACUCUCUUUGGAUGCAGAGGGCAUCUGUUACCAUAUAUUUACCUCUUUGGAGAAACUGUUCCAAACUACAGGCUCUGCUUGUGAUACAGAACUGUUUCAAAACUCUUGGUGACCACAGUGCAGAGGUGAGGAAGUGUGUAAUUGGUUGAAAUCAAUAUUUUAAAGUCAGUACUUCAAAUUCAAAAUUUUCUUGUUCAGUUGUACCAUCUUUUUAAGGAUAUCUUAGGUGUCAAAUACAGUCACAUAUAAAAUAUCUCUCUGACUUGCCAUACAAAGCAGGGUGGAGAUCAGUUUAGCUGCUAAAGCCUGGGGUCAGUACCCAUUCCUGGUCAUCAGUGAGCUGUUAUUUUGCUACUAAUUAGAUAUAUAGUCAUUGAGCACCCAUGUGACGCUGCUGCUGACUGGCCAAUCUGUAGCCUGCUUUGCAUGUCUGAAAGUGAAAUGUGUCCACAAUGCUGUGUAGCAGUGUUGGUCUAGCAAGUGAGUGCAUACGACAUAGCAGUUUGCCAGCAAUGUGUUUGCUCCCUGCUGCAGAACCCAGGAGUGAAAGCUGCUCCAAUCCUAGCUCUUCCCCUUGUGGAACUGUCUGCAAAGUUGAAAGAUGGCUCAUUGUCUCCAGAAAGUGUUCUCUACACCUACAUGGAAAAGGUAAGACUGCCUGGGGGUAAAUCACAGCUGUCCAUGGAGGCACAGGUCAAUUCUUUGUCCAGGCAGCUGUUUACCAGCUCCAUCUGGUACACAGGCUGAGACUCUACCUGUCUUCAGACUGUCUUGCCAGGGUGGUGCAUGUCCUUGUUUGUCUCCUGCUUGGACUAUUGAAAUGCACUCUACAUGGGGCUACCUUUAAAAGUGACUCAGAAACUACAACUAAUCCAGAAGACUGGUGACUGGGAGUGGCCACCGAGAGCAUACAACACUGGUCCUGAAAGACCUACAUUGGCUCCCAGUUCGUUUCCGAGCCCUUUAAAGCCCUAAAUGGCCUCGGCCCAGUAUACCUGAAGAAGCGUCUCCAUCCCCAUUCAUUCUGCCUGGACACUGAGGUCCAGCUCCAAGGGCCUUCUGGCGGUUCCCUCACUGUGAGAAGUGAAGUUACAGGGAACCAGGCAGAGGGCCUUCUCAGUGGUGGCACCAGCCCUGUGGAACACCCUCCCAUCAGAUGUCAAGGAAAUAAACAACUAUCUGACUUUUAGAAGACAUCUGAAGGCAGCUCUGUUUAGGGAAGUUUUUAGAUAUGCUGAAAGCUGCCCAGAGUGGCUGGGGAAGCCCAGCCAGAUGGGUGGGGUAUAAAUAAUAAAAUUAUUAUUAUUAUUAUUACUACUUAAGGAGUGAGGCAGAAUACAUACUGUACAAACUCAAAAGUGACACAGUACAAAUGAGUUGUCUCUCUCAGCAUAAUGGCUCUUAUGCUCAUUUUAAGGCACUGAUGUGCAAUAUGCUAGCUGAAAUACAGCUGUUGUUCAAAAUGUGCACAGUUUUGUUUUGCAAUUCCCCAGCCAAAUAAUGUGUCCCAAAAUGCACAUGGUGGGGUAAUAUUGUGCAAAAAAGUGCAUAUAUUAGUGGGGAGAGAAAUGGCUUUGCCUAUUAGGCAAAACUGAAUAUAUGAAUAUUAAGAAAAAUUCACACUAAGGAGGAUGGGCUUUUUUAAAAAAAAUUGCAAACUGAUGUGAACUUCAGAUUGGAAAAAUGAGCUAGUGAGAGAAACUAAAACUGACCAUCCCUACUUACACAUUACUAGUCUAAUACGUUUGAAUUAAGGUUAUUGAGCUCACAGAAUAAUUUUGAAUUUUAAUAAAAAAUAAAUAAAAGUCUCCACCAUUUUGCUCUUUAGACCAAACAAACAAGACACUAUUCCCUUAUCCCAAACUUCUUGUAUCCUCUGCACACACACGCGUACACACUAAAAGCCAAGCUAAUUCAAAUCCAGCUCCAAGAAAAGUCAAAUUUUGCAAACUGCACUAUUUGUGCUAACAGCGCAUCUAGGCCUGUCACAGUUACAGGUUUAAUGGGAGAGUUUACUAUCUUCCUCCCCACCCCCACCCUGCAUCUAGGGCAUGUAAUGGACUCAGGCCUUUCAUGUACCAUAUGAUCUGUGUAGUUAUUUUCAGCCGUGAUAGAUUUAUUAUGGUCCCUAGCAGCUAAGCUACAAGGGAUUUCCAUUUUUGGAGCGACUUGGAUUUCAGGCUUCUAGGGAGGAGAGCAGGGGCUUUGCUAAGUGGAUCGAGUGAAUGCGGUGCCUGCUUGGCAGCUGGAAGAUGCCCGCUGCAGAAGUGUAUGCAAUCUUGUGUGGUGCUGAGAAUAGGCAGCGGAUCCACCCUCAAAUAGAGUGGUUUGUUUGGGUGUUUCUUUAUACAUUGCUUUUCGACACCUGGUGACCCCAAAGUGGUUUCUGUAAUAACAGCUGAAACCAACCAGAUCCUAAUAGGACCAGCAUAUAUCCAGUUUCGACACAGUGAACUUAUAGGUGAACCCUAUGCUACAAACAGAAGUUGGAACACACCCUUUUGCUGCAGUUUUCUACUAGCAUGCUUGUCUUGCAUGAUGAUCACAGAUAAAACACUGCAUCUGCAAGGUGGAAAAGAGACCUUCACAACAUGAACAGUCAAGAAGAGACCAUAUUGUCACAAAUUUGCCGCCUUCUCCCCCUGUUUUGUUUCUUGCUCACACAAAGGCCUUGGAGGUAACCCGGCAAAUCAACUGUGUGACCAACUUCCUUCCGGAGUGUGAGGAACAGCUCCGGGAGACCAAAAAAAAGGAGAAAGGAUUGCUUUAUGGAGUCCCAGUCAGUAUUAAGGAAGAUGUGGCCUGCAAGGUACUUUCUGCCGUGAUCCCUGAAUAAUUGCAAUGAGGGUAAGAUGAGGAGGGCUCUGCAACAGAGGAAGCUUGCGAAUUUAAAGCCAAGAGGAAUAUGUAUAUUUUUAUAUUUCUAUUUGUUUAGAUAAUAUGAUUAAAUCAGCCAUGUGGCUCACCAGUUGGGGGGCGAGUGUCCCUAUGGUUUGCCCACCUACAGUGGAACUGCUCCUCUCCCAUAAACAUCACAAUUUUUACCUUUAGUUAUGGGCAUCUGCAUGGAGGGAAAGUCAAAGGAGAGGGCACGCUAAUUUCUCAAGCUAUUUGUGUUAUAUUUAAAGCUCUACAAAUGCUUCUUAGACUAACCCAAUUCCCUCUAAAUAUAUGCCUGAAUUCACUCUUAAGUGAAAUUUGAUGAUAUUACCUAAUGACUGGAGGGACUGUGGUUGUUUUCUUUAAAAUAAAUGUCACCUCUACUUUCUCAUCUAAUGUUUUUGGGUGGUUUUUUUGGGAUAUGGUCAACCGAUGUAAGGAUAAGUAUCUCACUUUAUUUCUCUAAUUCCAGGGGUACCCCAAUACACUUGGCUUGGUGAAAUUUCUUGACCGUCCUGAGCAGGAGGACUCUGUGAUAGUCAAAGUUUUAAAGAAACAAGGGGCAAUUCCAUUUGUAAAGACCAACCUUUCACAGGCCAUAGUGAAGUACGUGUUUGUUUCUUUCAUUUGUUUAAUUCUUCAAGGCAGCAGCUGGGCCUUAGCAGUCCAGGUAAAUAAUGGCAGUUUUGGUGGCUCUACAGCAACUGAAAACACAGAAAAUAAGGAGGUCAACCUUUUCCUAUCACUUUAUCCCCAUGCCAGGAAAUGAUGCACCCAGUAGAUCACAGCUAGGUGCCAUACAGACACAGUUUGACUCUCACUCAACAGGAAGAAAUCCAAGUCAGGCUUCAUGAUAGAGUUGGGAGACCUGAGAAGCUACAGAUGGUUCUGGACUCCCAUCAACCCCAGCCAGCAUGGCCAGUGGUCAAGGGAUUAUGGGAGUUUCAGCUGAACAACAUCUGGUGGGCCACAGGUUCCCAUCCCUGCUUUUUAGGCUUAUUUUUCUAGGCAGAAAGGAGAGAAGUUUGAAGAACUACGGUGUGUUUGUGAAGAUCGAUUUCCAAGUGUCAUCUCAUGGUUUACUGCUUUCAUGACAAAGAACUGGCUGAGGCCCCCGAAUCCAAGAAACCCAAAGCAUGCUGGGCUGCUUCUUCAAGCCAAUCUUUCUAGAUGCUAGAAUUGAACAGAUAAGAACAGACUGUACAAAGCACUUCUUCACUCCAACACUUACAUAAGAAUGCAACUCAGCAUUUUGGCUAAUCUACUUUAUUUACAUAUAAACACACAUGGAACACUGCAACAUGGCUCCCUCUCUCUCUAGCAUCAGACAGCAAAGAGAAAGAACGAAGGACAAUAGUUCCACUUCACGGAACACAGUAACACAAACUUCCUGUCUCUGUCACUUCCCACUCUGUGGAGUCAAAACAUAUAUCGUCAUGUGAAAGACAACAAUCCUAUGACUGCAGUCACGGAGCAGGAAUUCUAACAUAUUGAUGAUAGCUGUAUUCAAAGUGAUAGCUAUUGUAAGAUGAUAGCUAUUCAAAGUGAAAGGCCCUGUUUUUAAUGAAAUUGGUACGUGAUUAUUAAGGGACAACCUUUACCAAGGAAAGCAGUCUUUCCACCAUUCAGAUAUAUAGGAUAAACAUACAUUCAACAACAGAAUCCUCCAAGGACAGGACCACAAGUGCAGUACAACAGAGCUAAAAUGCUGGAAGACAGACAAAAGUAUUCCAUUAAACAUUCCAUAUUUCACUUUGAAUAGCUAUCGUCUCACAGGAGAAAGUGACACCCAGUCACUAGAAGAUUUUGAUAGUAGUUUUGCUCUCAGAAAUACCCUUGCUGCAGUCCUUAACAACUGUAAGGAUUGCUUGUGUACUCUUCCUUACUGGAGCAUUAACUUACUAGCCCCUUUCCAUCCCAUUCAGCAUUGACUGUGGCAAUACACUCUUUGGACAAACCUUGAAUCCUUUCAACCACAAGAAAACCUCCGGAGGUUCUAGCGGAGGGGAAGCUGCACUCAUUGGAGGUGGAGGCUCCAUUCUUGGGAUUGGGACUGAUGUGGCUGCAAGUAUCCGAGUGCCAUGUGGCUUCUGUGGGAUCUGUGGAAUAAAACCCACCGGCUAUAGGCUGAGGUAGGUCUCACAGGUUUGGAACCAUCCAUCCAUAAAUCAUGUACAAUCAACCAAGUGAGGAGCAGCAGAAUUGCAGUUUAAAAGCAGACAUUCUUGAUACAGGUCAUCACUGUAAUUUCAGAGAGCCCUGGGAAACUAGUUCUCUGGGUGACAAACAUUACAUAAUCCCUGUAAGUUAGCAUGAUCUGGCAUUUGCCAAGGCCCAUCUGCCAUUCAGGAUCUCCUUAAGAACAGCACCAAGUUCUUCACUCUAUGUGGAGUGGGGGCGUAUAGAAGGAGGAAGUCCCAUUGUGCAGGCAAAAAUUAUUGUACUAAUCUGACAACUUCUCACUCAAUGAACCCCUGUGUUUUGGCAUUUAAUUUUUUUUUUUUUAAAAAAAGCAGAUUCUGAGGCUAAGCCCUGUGGAGUCUUGGCUCACAUUGAAGUCACAUUGAUUUUAUUUUUGUGUUUUUAUGUUGUGUUUUAUACCUGAGGCGGUAUACAAAUUAAAUAAGUAAAUAAAUAAAUAACACCAAAUAACACCACAAAGAGGUUGCAGUAAAGGGCUCCUCUUUGUCUAAGCAAACUUGGGUUAUUGACAAGUAACAUUUGUUUUUUAUGAGAUGUAGUCAACUAAACUUUCAGAGUAUUUGAGGCAUGAGGAUACGCCAGUUUUCCAGGAAACGUGACUAUAUCUGUGAAAGAGGGGUGGGAGUGGGGGAAGGGAACUGCAUUAGUAGCAUAAUUCCUGACUUCUGGACUAAAAAAAAGUGGGCAGUGCCACAGAAAGUAUUAAACACAGGGAAGAUCCAGAGCCUGUUUUCACUUAAAGCUCAAAUCUCUCUGCAAAUUUUUGUUAGUUCUGGUCUAAAUUCUAAGAAGGGAAGUGAAAUUGUUUGAAUCCACAGUGUAUGCAAGCUGCAUAGUUAAAAUAUCAGGAUCUGCUUCAGUGAGGGGUGGACAUCAGAUUCUGCCCUCCUCUGUGUAGUUUUACAGAGGCUCGGAAGUUAAUUAGGUAUAAUGAAAUGUGCCUAUAACAUUUCCCUAUCAAAUAUUUUAAAAAGGAAGGUACUUUGCACAGAAUUUCCAAUGGCUUUCCAAUGGCUUUCAGCUAUUAGGAACAUCCUUUGACGCAUGUCACUUGCAUUUCAUGGCUUGGGUCUCUUUGGCUCUCUCUGUCAUUUGGCUUUUCUCCAUCAUUAAUUUACUUUUCCCGUUUGCUCUUGUGCAGCGUCAAAGGUGCUAGCACUCCUGUAGCUGGAAUGAACUCAGGUGAGCAAGUCUAUUGCUGAUAAAAUAUAAGCGAGAGUUGAAAGUGUUACUUAGCUCAUGGGAGAAUUUAAACAAGCACAAGCCCUUUGAUGGAGACAGCGGUUUUCUGAUAAGCGAUAAACUUUUAGAGUUUGGGCUCAUUUAAAAACAAACAAAUGCAAAUGCCAUUCUAGGAGAAGGCCAGGUGUUAAUGGUAAUUUCUGAUUUGUUUAACGAAGAUCAGAUGUAUCUUAACUGUUUUUGCUGGCUAUAUGUAAGGAAAAAAGGGUGGGCAUUUGUAUUGCAACCUGAAAAUUCAUUUAAUUUUGUAAGAUUCUGUGACAGUAAAAAAAAUUAAGUCAAAUGAUCUUUGUGCCUGUGCUUACACCAUAGGAGCCAAUUCCAAGGGGCCAAGAGGUCUUUGCCCCUCCAAUAAAAUAUUUGAGGUUGCCCCCCCCCAAAGCUGAUGGGCAUUGCCAUUCAAAUGGUGUGCGUGCACCAUGUCGUGUGAUUGAUUAUGCAGGAUGGGGCUUACCUGCCCCCCAAUAUUUUAUUCAAGUUGGCACCCCUGGCUUACACAAAUACUCUAUGCAAAUGUAUGUAGACCUUAGGCCUUGUGGGAUCCACUUAAUUUAUUUUUACUAUAACCCUGAGAUCCACAGAACCAGGUGCAACAGACAUUCUGAGCUCGGCAAUUUGUUUUGAAAUCCAGAAUGUCUUUUCACAUAAAAAUCCUCACCCCAUCCCCAACGCUCUUCAGUCAGCAGUAUUAAGGGGAAGUCAUUAUAUUGUUGCCAUUUAAACAACUGGUCAGAUCUACUUCAAAUCACCAGAAAUUGGCCAUCUGCCAAUGGCUGCACACAAAUAUAGCCCCUGAUAGGACUUGUAGUCCAAAAGGUGUGGAGGUUACAAGGUUGCAGAUGGCUGUGCUAAGCCAUGGUUUCACAGCAUGUCUGAAAUGGGUGCGAAAAUUGCACCUCAAUUCUUUUUAAUGUUCAUACUGCAAAAUUCAUGGUUGCACAUUUAAAACUUACCUUCUUCUUCUGGUUACCAUGUAGAGGACCUGACUGCUCAGUUUUCAUAUGGUGAAAUGAAUCUGUGAACACAUUGUCACCCAGUGAGAUCUUUAGUUACCAUCAUAUCCUAGAAAAGCAUAUUUGUAGAUGCAUUUCAGAAUACAAUAAAAUUGGCAGUUUUUGUGGAUGGGAUGACUGGGUGAUCAUCAUGUGAAAACUGAUGGGCCUGGGGAGAAAGAAAUGGCCCUUUGGCAUUGUUGUGCACGUAGAAACCCUAAUAACUGGAAGGCAACUGCAUGGAAAUCAUGCUACUAGAACUCCUAUCUUCUUCCUCAUGUUCAGAAGUCUUCCUCUUUUGUUCCAGUCAUCUCCGUGACAGGCCCAAUGGCAAGAGAUGUGGACAGUCUCGUUCUGUGCAUGAGGGCCCUCCUGUGUGAUGAACUAUUUCGCCUGGAUUCAUCUGUGCCCCCAAUUCCCUUUAAUGAGGAGGUAAUGGAAUUGUGUUAACAGCCCGCUGAAGUAGUUGAUUCACCAUAGGCUUUUAAUGCAUAAUGAAAUUUCUCUUUUAGUGGGGGAAUCUCAGUUUUUGUCAAUGCUGAGAUGUGAGUGCAUGCAUGGAAGGUGUCACCGUAAAGAUUUUAAAGACUAUAGCAGCAGUGAGUGGAGCUGUCAGCCAAGGAAGGAGCAAAGGUCUAAAGGGUAAAGCCAAAAUGGAGGCCCAGGGUUAAGCUUGUUUGAAAUCUGAGGUCUGAAACCCUUUCACAACGAAACAAGGAAAAACUCAAGAUUGGUCUAGGUGUCAGGAGGGAGAAAUCUGAAGUCAGAUCUGACAUCUAGGCAAGAGAAAUUAAAGGCUCAGGAGACCCAUGAGUCAGUUUGUUAUCUCUCUAACAACAACACGAAACUUGUGACUCCACCUGCAGAGCACUAAGUCUAGUGCCACCUAGUGACUCAAAUACAUAGUGAUAUUAUCCACACAGAGGAGCUGAACAAUGAUACCUAUUGCAUGGCUACAUAAAUAGUUUAAGACAGGAGCAGGACUCUCUCUUCUUCAGGUAUCAGCUGAGGUUUCUGGUUGUUCAGAAUGUGGCCCUGGAUUUUCAGGUUGCUUCAUGAAAUAUUAUUAUUUGUACCCCGUCCAUCUUCGGAUGGCUUCCAACAAAAUACAAAAACAUAGUAAGACAUACACGAAACAUUAAAAACUUUCCAAUACAGGGCUGCUGUUAGAUGUUUUCUGAAAGUCAUGUAGUUGUUUAUCUCCUUGACAUCUGAUGGGAGAGCGUUCCAUAGAGUGAGUGUCACUACCAGAAAGUCCCUCUGCCUGGUUCCCUGUAACUUCAGUUCUUGCAGUGAGGGAACGUCCAGAAGGUCCUCGGAGAUGGAUCUCAGUGUCCGGGCUGAAUGAUGGGGGUGGAGAUGCUCCUUCAGGUAUACGGGGCUGAGGCUGUUUAGGGCUUUAAAGGUCAGCACCAAAGAGGAACAAAGUGAAUACUCCAUCCCUUACAGUCCCUGAAUUGAUGUGAUCUGAGUUGAUUGAUGUUGACACUGUGUCAACAACUAUUCAGUUAACAAGAUGGCUGGGCUCAACAAAUUAGACAGUGGGAAAGAGCAUUCUAAAACCAAAGCAGAGUCAAAAUGCUACACCUCAUAUGAUAGUGGUACCCAGGGAAGGGCCUCUGAUGGAGAUUUUUGCACACAGAUACACGGGGAGAUGAGCAGUCUGUCAGGUACCCUGAUCCCUAGCUUUCACCCUCACAUGAGCUGUGAAAAGCCAUGUCACCUUCUUCUCGUUGCCCUGGUGACUAGCACUAUGUGAUUACUCUGGUUCCUCUCUGCAGAUUUACUCUAGCUCCCGGCCACUCAGGAUUGGCUACUAUGAUGGAGAUGGUUAUUUCCAGCCCUCUCCCAGCAUGAGGAGAGCUGUUCUGGAAACCCGACAGUUGCUACAGGAAGCAGGACACACGGUAAGCUCUGGGCCCAUGGAGAGCUUUUUCUUACAUUGCCUGAACUUUAAUUUAUAUUGAGUUUGUUUGCUGCAUUUUCAUUGCUUUAAUUUUAUUGGGUUUUGUAAUACAUGUAACAAAUCAAUAAUAAUAAGAGAUGGCUAUUUAUGCAGAAACAAUGCACACUGCCAGCGAGAACAUUGAUUCUUGAUCUUUGUAAAUGAUGCAGUGUAAUGUGCUAUUUGUUAAUUAAGAAAAAAAUAAAUAGCAAGUGGAAGAUGUGGGGAGCAAAGGAGAAAGAAACUUGACGAAAAGUUGCUAUGGGAAGGAAGCAGAAGGGGAUAAUAAAAGUAAGGUAUUUUCUUCAUUAUUUUCUGGAGCCAUGCUAGUCUACUGGCAUUGUUUUUUAGAAGAUGCCUGUCACCACUGAAAAUGUAGCCAUUGGAUUGCUGCACGUAACAUACACUUGACUUUUGAGUGUACACACCCUCUUUUACACAGAGUAGAUCUAUUGGAUUUAGUAGGCUGAAGUCAUACCCUCCAACAUUUCUCCGAUGAAAAUAGGGACAUCCCAUUCCAUAAUGAUAAUUUUUACUAUUUAUACCCCACACAUCUUACUGGGUUGCCCCAGCCACUCUGAGCAGCUUCCAGCAUAUAUAAAAACAUAACAAAAUAUUAAACAUACACAGGAUUGCCUUCAGAUGGCUCAGGGGUCAGAUAACUCCAAAACCCCCAACAUUUCUCCAAUGGAAUUCAGGACAUCCUAAGGAAAAGAGGGACUUUCCGGGAUCAAAUCAGAAACCGGGACAGCAUCUCUAAAUCAGGGAUGUCCCUGGAAAAUAGGGACACUUGGAGGGUCUGCCAAGUUAGUAAUGGUCAUUAAUUCCAAUUAGUCUGAGUAAAAUUUAGUUGAAUACCGCCCUAUGUCUGCAUACUAGUUACCAACUACUGGCUGAAACAUAAAUUUCCAGUUUUCUGACAUUAGAUAUUUUGCAGCUUCCAGAGUUCUGCUAAGUUGACAUUUUCUGGUACUUAUUCAAGCUUGUGGCUGCACCUGCAGCUAUAGACUGGGCUGCAGAGUAAAAUUCAAGACAAAAGUUAAUAGAGGCCUGUGGAGAUUAGACAAUAACAUUUUCCACCAAGAAUGUGUAUCCAGGCAAUAUAUAGGUCCUCCUUUCCUUUUACCGAUUGCAAAGAAUCACAUGUAUAAAGGCAGAAUGAUAACUGCAUAUAUUUAUUAUAUUUUUUGUUGCCUUUAAAUAUUUCCCUUGUUUUUCUGCUCAGCUUAUACCUUUCACUCCUCCUCGAAUUGAUUUUUUGGUGGAUGAGCUCUUCACCAAAGGCCUCUAUGCAGAUGGCUGUUCAACAUUACUGGAAAAGUUGUAAGUAGAUACCAAGACAUAUAGACACAUAUGUAGUGUAUGUAUGUGUUUACAGGAGGACACUUAAAGUUAGAUCAAAAACUUUCUGAAGAAGAGAUAUCAAGGCUCUUUAGUGGGAAACGAUUAGGAACAAAAGAGGCAUAUUAUUAAUAAUAAUAAUUUAACAAUAACAACAACAAAAGAGGUUUAUAAUAAUUAUUUCAGAUUGAUUUGAAAAAUCUGGUGUAACAUAGUAAUUAUAACAUUCAAAUAUUAUAGAAGAGGAAGUAAUGGCCAAAACACAUUUCUGGAAUGGCUUUUAGAACAACAUACACUUUUUAUUAUGUUCUGGAAUAACAAAUGUCAAUAGAAUAUGUAUGCAUAAAAAUAUUUUUUUUUAAAUUGUAGUAUUAUUAUGUAUACAAGUAUUGUGCAGAUAACAAUGACAAUAGGUUGUGGAACUGAAUUAUAGUGUGUUGCAUAAAAUUGAUAAACGGGGGGAGAGAGGCUUAAAUUAAAUUAUGCUCUUGUUGGGUGGGUGGGGGGGUCUUUGCUGAAUUACUGAAAAUUCCGUUUCCUUCAGGAGUUGAUUAUCUGCUCCUCAGUCAUGCUUUAAGUUUGAGAUUCUGCAUUUGUCUAUCAGGGGUUUUAACUGCAAGGAUAGUAGCUGUAGCAUAGGCAUGUCAUUGCAACAGGUAAAUAGCAUUUACAGACAUUACCGUACAGCAUAGAACCUGCUUUCUUCCUCUUUUUACUUUCCCAGUGAUGGAGAGUUUGUGGAUUCCACUUGGACAAACCAGAUAAAUUGUUACCGGUUGCCAAAUUUACUGAAAAGGAUCCUGGCUCUCAUUUUAAUGCCGUUGGUGAGUCUCCAACUUGUGAAACAGAUACAAGGAAUCUUUCUCCAUAUAUACCUUUGUGUAUGCCAACAAUAAGGGAUGCGGGUGGCACUGUGAUCUAAACCACUGAGCCUCUUGGGCUUGCUGAUCAGAAGGUCGGCAGUUCAAAUCCCCACGACGGGGUGAGCUCCUGUUGUUCAGUCCCAGCUCUUGCCAACCUAGCAGUUUGAAAGCAUGCCAGUGCAAGUAGAUAAAUAGGUACUGCUCCGGAGGGAAGGUAAACGGUGUUUCUGUGUGCUGCUCUGGUUUCGGCUUUGUCAUGCUGGCCACAUGACCGGGAAAAAUUGUCUGCAAACAAACAUCAGCUUCCUCGGCCUGUAAAGCGAGAUGAGCGCCGCAACCCCAGAGUCAUCUGUGACUGGACUUAACUGUCAGGGGUCCUUUACCUUUACCUUUUUAUUCCAACAAUAUUGCUUUUCAUUUAUAUGUCUCCCACUUACCUUUCCAUAUUGGUGCCAAUGCAGGUUAUUUUGCCACAGGGGCUUUCCAGGUGACCCAAACCACUCCAAGUUAAAUCUGUCCCUGUGUGGUAUUCACCUCCUCUUUCGCAGCCCAGGAUCAUCAUCAUUCCCCAUAGAUUAAUGGAGAUCAACAACAGAAUCAGUAGCAGCUGGUGGACUGCAGCUUCCCAACAUUGUACAUUGCUGCAGCUUCCCAUGAAGGAGAGGUACAGGGAGAUCAGUGUGGUGCAGCUUGCAGUGGCAGGAGCAUCAGAUUAUCUAUGCUGCUUCACCCUGCUGCGUUCUCUGCAUCUCCCUCUCUGAGUAAUGAUGCACAGUGUUGGAAAGCUGGAAGAGCAAUGCCCACACUGUUCCACCGGUUUCUGCUGAACAGGAUUCUCAGCCAACUUUUGCAGGAAAAGUUCAGGGAAAUCCUUCACCUCUAGGAGGUCAUAAGGCAGAAGUAGGGAGUGCAGCUUUGGGAUUGUGUGUUUUAUUUUCUCUUGGUAAUGCGAUCAUGGAAAACCUCAGAUGCUGCCAGAUAGCUAGAGGGAGGCUGAUAGACCUUCUGUUUUCUGAAUAUUUGGAGGCUAGCUUUUCAGCUAGGCCUGGUGUGGGAGCUCAGAGCCUAAGCUAGGAGUACAGCAAAGAAGCCAUUGGCUGCCACAACACUAGGUUCUCUACUUGGCAAAGGUCUUCAUGCUCAAGGUUUGAUUUUGUCCAGAGGAGGGAAGUGAGCCUAGGUUCAUGAGCAGACAGUAAAUCUUUAGAAAUUGAAAAGUACAGAGAUGGGGGCAGGGAUUGCAAGAGAUGACAAGCCACGGGACUAGAGAUGCAAUCAUAUACUGUACACGUUUACCUGGGACUAAGUCACAGAAUCAUUGAAUUGUAGAGUUAGACAUGUAGUCCAACCCCCCUGCAAUGCAGGAAUCUUUCACCCAACAUGGGGCUCGAACCCACAAUUCUGAGAUUAAGAGUCUUAUGCUCUACCAACUGAGCUAUCCCAUUCCAAUUGAACUCAGUGGGCUUACUUCUAAGUUGACUUGCCAAGGAUUGCACUACAGGUAGGAUGGAAAGGAGAGACUGCCGGGGCAAGGAUUUUCAAGAUCCAGGGCAGAAAAUGCUCCUGUUUUAAUAUUUUGGCCUAUAUUCCAAAAAUGCCUAUGAUGAAUCUUGAUUGCUAGGGAGUAAAUCUGCAAGGUUGCUCCAGCAUUCUUGGAAAUAUGCUGAAGCCUUUGUUAUGCAUCUGAAAAUGAGAUUGCUUACAGGUUCCUUAACGGCACAGGAAGCUUAUGACUCCCUAUUUGCAUUGAUUGCUAUUGUUAUAUUUAAAUCAGAACGUGGCUCUGGAUCUUUAGAGCAAGCCAUGUUCCAUUUCCUUCCAAGCUGAAUCGUAAUGCAAACUAGUAUAUUUGAUUGUUUCCCUCAUAUACAAUGUCUCAGAAAUGACUGUUUCAUUUAGAGCUCGGUCGCCUCAGUCAAUCUUGUUAACUGAAAUCAAGUUCUAGCUGCCUUCCUUAUAAAGCGGAAUAACCAAGGUGGAAAAUCAUAAUCUAAGAAUAAUGACUUUGAUGCAGCCAGUCUCAGGUUUUCAUAUGCUGCUUUCUGAUGAGCCCAUCCUCUGCAAAAUGAUCAGGUUUGAAAGCAAAGUGGAGAAAAUAGAAUUGCCAGAAAUCUCACCCCCUGUGCAAUAACUUUUUUCUUAUUGCCCCCCCCCCCCAUAUGCCACAAUACAUUCUUUUUAUCAUGACUAUCCACUCAAAAAAUCUCUUGAUAGUCAAAAGAAAAAAGUCAGGCACAAACUCCGGCUAUAGUUGUGAACUUUCAAGUCCCACUGAUUUCAUUAAGUGAAUUAAGCAUGAGUGUUACCCUCUUCUUUUGAAACUAGUGCAACUAGCUUUGCCUGGGUUGAGCAUAGUUGCUUUUAAGAGGCUGUUUUCCGGGCCAUGUGGCCAGCAUGACUAAACUGCUUCUGGCGCAAUGUAAGACCGUGACGGAAGCCAGAGUGCAUGGAAGCGCUGUUUACCUUCCAGCCACAGCGGUACCUAUUUAUCUACUUGUACCUCAUCCUGGGGAUUCGAACUGCCGACCUUCUGAUCAGCAAGCCCAAGAGGCUCAGUGGUUUAGACCACAGCCGCACCUGCAUCCCAGAGACUGCCUAAUGGGAGGGCUGGUCCUGUAAAAAGCAUGGCUGCUGGAGAGAUGUUUGGAUCGCAAGAAACCCUUAGCCUUUACUUGACCUUAACUUCUCCAUCAUGUUAAGCACAGUGGGAGCAGAUGCUUUUUGGGUAGGUGGGGUACAUGUGACAAAUUUCAGCCAACUGUGAGAGGAGAAAAAUGCUGUGUAACUUGAAUACAUAACAACAAGAUGAUAAGUUGCAAAACAGCUUUGCAAACAGUGCAAUUUUGCAAUGCCAGUAAAUUUCAAUCCAUAUCAGGCAACUUUUAAAAAGUAGCAGAUGCUAAGGUUAUAAGCACUUACCAGAGUAAACUAAAAGUAGUAAAAAUAUCACAAUUGUUCUUACUAGUCAAAAAAUUACAAGUGUUACUUUUUAUUCCUAUAUCUUGCCCUUCCUCCUGAAGGAGCCAAGGGUGGCUGAAAACAACUAUACAGAUAAAAUCAGUAGAAACAAUGAUGUUGUUAUGUGAAAUUUGUCUGAAAGGGACCUGGGCUUAUAUCUGGAGGGAAGUGACCACAGUUGAAUUUGUGUGAAUGUACUUAAAGUAAUUCUGAAAGUCUCCCUUUUUACAAAGUACUUCCACAAAACUGCUUUUCCACCUCCCCUCAAAAAAACAGUUGGGGAUCUUGCACAAAAGCUUUUUAAAGAUGUUAGUGAUAGUGGAAAUAUUGUGAGUGUGAAUUAACACCCCUUGGGAGCUCAUGAUUUGUGUGCACUGACAAACCCUGUGGAUCAUUAGUUUUUAGUUGAAUAAUGAAAUAAGACAGAAAGUCCAUCAGUUUCUUUAGUAGAAUGCUCCAAUGAAUAAUUUACGAAGAGGAUUUACCUCUCAUCGAAACCCCAUCAGCUGUAAUUUGCAACUUAUCACUUGGACACUUUUCUAAAAGCUGCUCUGAAGAUAGCAUCUAGAUGGAUAGAUGUGGGACUAUACAUAUAGGUUUACUAUUCCUUCUUUUCUUAUAUUUAUGCCCCACUCUUCAGUCAUGCUUGGGUCCCACAGGAGUUAACAGUUUGCACACAGGAACAAUAGAGAUACAUUGGUGUAUGCAUGAUAGUCUAUUCUGGGCCCUGGCAAUUGGUGACAUAGUUCCAGGUACAUCCCUGGGCACACAUGGCAGUGAAGCGUAAAUUUGUUCUUGGGACUUUUUGUCUCAAACCUGCUUUUAAUCAGACACAUAGGAGAGUUCAGUCAUUACUAUAUUUUUGAAUUUAGCUGUGACUUUUGAUCAAAGCAUGCUAGACUCCUAAUGGAAAAAGGUGGUGUAUAAAAAUAAAAAUAAAAAUAAAAAUAAAAAUAAAAAUAAAAAUAAAAAUAAAAAUAAAAAAUGUAUUCCCUCUCCCAGUUCCCACGAAUCUCUCGACAUCUGAAUGCCCUUAUUGGAGUAGGGUAAGUUAAUUUUUACACAAUUUUUAAAUGGAUGCAUUGUGAAGUACUAAAUAAAAUCAUGAUGGGGAUUUUGUGUGGAAUACCAAUGUUGUUAAAACUUCACAACCACUGUUGUGAAUAAUGAUAUUUCCAUCAUUGUGAAUGUACUGUGUGACUGCAUCUGUGAUGAAAAGUGACUAUAUGGCGAAAAUGGGCAGUUUUAGUUAAUUUUCUCUGACGAAUUUUUUUCUCUUGUUACUGUUAUGAAUUCUAAUCUGCAUGCCUUCUGCAAAUUUCCUAGGUCAGUGAAAAACUUCUGGAAGAACAAUGUUGACCGGAUGGUAAUUUUGUUUUCUUGUUAAAAGGCGAAAAAAAGUGCCCAAGUGCUCAAAUUUUCUCCGCCCCCAAUCACUGCUCAUCAGAGAGAAACCUGUUCAGAAAGGGCAGUUUCUUGGGAAAGUGUGCAUACAGUCUCCCUAUUGGGUAGUUUUUGUGCCUUUCAUCGCUGAGAGCAAGAUGUGCAAAUAAUAGUUACCUCACAAUCCUAUAUGGUUUAAUUCUGGAGACUGAUAUUAAUUGAAAGCUAAUAUGGUCCCUAGAACCCCAGCUACAGCACCAUCAAUGAUGCCGACCUAUGCUAAUACUGUAUUCCACAGUUCUGGUCUAUGUUAACAUACAACCGAUGGAGCUGUGGUGUGCUGUUAUGUACACAAGCAGAUAGUUUAAAGUGACCAAAGAGGGUUGGGCCAAAUGAUGAAGUGAAGAGCAUUUUUGACAGAGGUCGAUCUGAUGAUAAAGUACUAAUGGGUGAGCAGAAGCCAUGAGAGACUGAGGAAAAAUAGGACUCAUGCCAAGGGUAUGCAGUAGCAUGUCAAUCGUCUCCCAAGUCUUCUGCAUUUGGAGUGUCUCAGUCUUCUCCUGAUUUGUUUGUAGCAGAGGUAGUAGUAGUAGUAGUAUGGUUGUUUAACUCUUUGACAUUAGACAGGCAUUACACAGAUGUGACAACCAAGGCGGCCUUCUGCCUGGUUCCCUGUAUUUUCACUUCUUGCAAUGAGGGAACCACCAGAAGGUUCUUGGAGCUGGGCCUCAGUGUCUGGGUUGAAUAAUGUGGGUGGAGACACCCCUUCAGGUAUAGCACACUUCAGCCUUUUCUCCACAGCUAAAAUGACUAGAACACUGUAGAGUUUCUUAGGUUUUGUGCUGAUCAGCAACAAGUAAGGAUGUAAAUGCAUUUCUGUUAAUCAAUUCACACUGAUGGUGGCAUUUUGUACAUAAUAGCCACUGUCUUCUCUUUGUAUUUCUCCCCAGGCUUACCGUGAUGAAUUCAUUGCAGAAUGGAGGAAGUUGAAGCUGGAUGUUGUGCUUUGUCCAGCUUUGGGACCAGCUUUUAAUUUGGGAUAUGCUGGCAAGCUAUUUGGUACCAAAUAAUACAUCUUAUCUGAUUUUCCAGUAUACAUGCUAUUAUGUUGAUCCUGUUCCCUUGGCUUGUUGCAUACUGUGGAUUAAAUUAUGUGGCUUUCUCUGAGCUGACCUGUAGAGCAUCCUGCUCUGACCAGAGGAGGAAUAGAUGAUGACCAUCUUCCUCUCCCAGGCUUAUGAUCCAAAUAUUUAUAAAAGUUUGUGGAGAGAGGGUAUAUGGGCCCAUCUAGCCACAUUGUGCCAUCCUUGAUAUCUACCAUAUUUCCUGGCAGAUGAUCCCAACUUGGCAGGAGAUGGAUGUUAGAACAUCCAUCCACUAAUACGUAACUGUCUCCUGCUCAGUAGUAAUCAAGCAAGAGGAAGAAAUUAUUUAUUAAUCCAUUUAGCUCUGGUUCCUUCAAGGGGCAUAAUGAAUUUGAAAAGUGGUGAGGCAGAUUUGUAGAGCAGGGCUAUGAAGCAGGAACACACUACCACAGAACAGGUCCCAUUAUUAUUAACAUCACCACCAUCUAUUGUAUUUAUAACCUACCCUUCAACCUGAAGGAUACCAAUAUGGCAACAUACGUAGCUGUAGAUUCACCUACAUUGUAUCAUUCCAUACUAGUUGGGAUGGACUCCUUAACCCACUUAGGUAUAGCUAAGACAUUAGUCUAGCUCCACCCAGGACAUUAAUAUACUGUGAAUCUGUAAGGUAUUGCUGGCAGAACUGUAGCUGGGUUGCAUUGUAGUCUCACAACCCAUACCUUCUUCCAAAACUAUUAUGAGUAGAAGGGAUUUUUUGACUAAUGCAUUAAUUCCUUGAUUAUUCAAUAUUUACCUUGCAUGAAAUUGUACUUAUACUUUGGUACUUUUCCUUCAACCGGUGUCAGUGAGAAAAUAUUAUCAUUGUUAUUUUAUAAUUGGAAUCAAAAGGUAUAUUGAGUGAGUGGAAAGGAACUUCUGCCUGUGCAAGGCAGCCCCCUUGAAUUCUGGCAACCCCCCCCCCCCCAUUCUCUUAGCUGGCCCCUACAGUACCUGGUUGCACACCAUUCCAGAUGGAGCAGCUUUGGGGAGACCACAGGGGCACUAGUGGUGAGAGGAUCCAUAUUAAUCUUGUUUCCUGAGUGGAGUUCUGCUCACUCUUCUCUGGACCCAGUAUUAUUAAUCCCACAAAACAAAACUGAGUGAAUUAAGUCUCAUCUCCUUUUAAAAACUUCAAGGCAAGAAGAUUGCAACAGAUUUCAGCUUGACCAGAUCUCUCGAGGUUGCUUGUACAGUUAGGAAGAAUGUGCCUGCAGGCAAAUGCCAUAUUUUCUUAGAAGUGAUAAGAAAGGACCCUCAUUUGUAUUCUAAUUUUUUUCAAGGCUUCAGGCUUUAAUCAAGUCAAUUCUUCAGGUUCUCAAUAUGCUUGAAGCCAAACCAGGAAAACCCAGUUCCUCUUGGGCUGAUUCCAUGGGUGUGUGCAUUGUUGAUGUGGAUGCUUCUAGGCAAAUAUCUGAGAAAACACUUGAGUCAAUCAACACCUUUCUGAGGCUCCUUCCCCUGAACAGUUGUGCGACUGUUCUUAAGGUUAUUUUAGAUUAGUUGAUAAAGUAGCACAAGACAAUCCAGCAGUGCUCUGCCAUGUCAGGAUCAUUUUCUUUUUCCUUAUUGUGUGUUUGUGCAGAGAAGUAUGCACUGCGCUCUUAUUGCAUUUGCAUGUUGGUGUCAUGAAACAAAGGUCUGGUACCGCAAAAUGAGAAGUAUUGUGUGUUGUCUUUUCCAGUUGCUACCACUUACACCCAUUUAUACAACGUCUUGAAUUUUCCGGCCGGAGUUGUCCCAGUUACUACAGUGACACAGGCAGAUGAGGAAGAGCUGAAGCUUUACAAAGGGCAUUAUGGAGACCCCUGGGAUAAGAGGAUGAAGGAGGUCAGUCAAUAGCAACCAAGGCAAGGACAGUGCCUAAAAGCUGCAUCAAGCAUGGGGAACCAGUGACACACACACAGAUGUUGUUGGACUGCAACUUCUAUCCAUCCUGUCCAUUGGUCAUAUUGGUUGGUGUAGAGACUGAUGGGAGUUGGAGUUCAACAGAUUCCUCAACCCCACCACAUGUCGUUGGGGCUCUGUUUGCUGUACAGCUUUGUAGCAGAUUGACCCUUCCUUCCUUGCUUCCCUUCUGAAAUUAGGGAAAUUUUGUAGCUGGUUAACACCGCCCAUUAAAUUGGAAAGCUGGAACUGCUUCAUUAAUAUACCUUCAUUGGCGGCUUCUGAUUUGAGUAGGAUCUUAGUUAUUGCCAGACAAAAUUACGUUUUAAAAGUAACUUGUACAGCCUUAUUCUAAGUGUGUUUAUUUGGAAUAGGUUCUAAACAGGUUAAUGUGAUUAAAUUGUUUCCUAUAAGAGCACUUGACAUCAAAUCUCUGACCUGGGUAAAAAAAAAUAAAUCACAACCAUAAGGUCAUGGAGUACAAUUAUUAGCAAUAUUCCAACACAAGUGACAUGUGUAGGAAUACAUUUUUAUAAACAAAUGCAUGGGAUGCAGCUCCUAACCCAAAACACUAAACCCCCACAGUCAUGUUGGAAAUCUAUUCUGAGCAUUUCCAUUAUCCUGUUGAAAAUAGGCCUCCUUGUUGCCCAGUAGAACCUGAAAGUCUCAAUCAAUUCAAAACGGAGACACGCAGGGAGAAGUCUGAAAGCCACAAGCUCAAACUGGCUGCUUCCCUCAGUAAUGAAAUACACUUUGUGAUACCAUGCUGCCUUUGUAUCUCUCCUGCAGGCUGUUGAAGGUGCCAUUGGGCUGCCCGUGGCUGUCCAGUGUGUGGCCCUGCCAUGGCAGGAGGAAUUGUGUCUUCGGUUCAUGAAGGAGGUAGAGAAAGUCUCCCAUGAAAGGAGGGGCAGGAGGAAAAUCUGA